AUGGCAGAACGGGCAGCUCAGCUCUGGGGCUGUUUGUUGGUGCAUUUACUUGUUCCUGGGAUUGUGGGGGACCCCAGCAGCCCCCCAUUCCCCACCCCCCCUGCCUACACUGGGAACGGGACCCUGGAUAAACCGGCAAAGACCAUGCAACUUCCAGGGGGGAACCAGUCAGGUCCGGUCCUUUGCCCGUCUAUCACGACACCUCUAAAUGGUUCUGUUCACGUGGCUGAAGGCACAGGUCGCUCGGUGGGUUCCCUGGUUCUGUUUCAGUGCAAGGAAGGAUUCCAGCUGAUUGGCAGCAUGAAACUCAAAUGCCUUCUCAGAGGAGAUAAACCCCAAUGGAGUGAGGCACAGCCAGAGUGUGAGGUGGUGCCCCGUCAGUAUCACAGAGGUUUCCGCCUUGCAGUGAUCGUAUCCCUGUUCAGCUGCCUCAUCAUCCUCACCACGUGUGCGUUCUUCAUGCUGUGCUGUGUAAAAGAGACACAACUACGGCAGCAGGAGGAAGAGACCAUCUCCAGGGGUUGCCAGGAUAGAGACGAGGCCCCCAAUUUCCCCGGACUGGACGAGAGCGGAGGGAGAAGCAGCAGGAACCUCUCCAGCCCCGAGCGGCCAUUGCAAGGCUUGCUCAGUUCCGCCUGCCUCAGGGGAGGAGCUCGACUCGAACACAGGACGAUUUGGGGGUAAAAAAAAUCUCAAUCCCAUCGAGAGCUUA